AUGGCCUCCUGGAGCCCGGGACCCCGGCUCCUGCUGCUGCUGCUGCUGCUGCCGCCGCCUUCUGCGGCCUCGGCCUCCGAUCGUCUCCGGGGCAGCGACCGCGUCAACCCAGAGAAGCUGCUGGUGAUCACCGUGGCCACAGCCGAGACGGAGGGAUACCGGCGUUUCCUGCGGACGGCAGAGUUCUUCAACUAUACCGUGCGGGUGAGGAGAUGGACCGGCCUCACGGCCCCCAGGGACGGGGGUGUGCAGCAGGAGUGGGCUGAGAGCCAGAUACCUGGGUCCCCAUGGUUUUGGGAUGAAGUGGUUUUAAAGUUUGAUCGGAAUCGUGUGCGUAUCCGUAAUGUGGCGUAUGACACACUUCCUGUUGUGAUCCAUGGCAACGGUCCCACCAAGCUCCAGCUGAACUACCUGGGAAACUAUGUCCCCAAUGGCUGGACUCCUGAAGGAGGCUGUGGGUUCUGUGGUCAGGACCGGAGGACACUCCCGGGGGGGCAGCCUCCCCCCCGGGUGCUUCUAGCCGUGUUUGUGGAACAACCUACCCCGUUCUUGCCACGCUUCCUGCAGCGGCUGCUGCUCCUGGACUAUCCCCCCAGCAGGGUCACCCUCUUCUUGCACAACAACGAAGUAUACCACGAGCCACACAUUGCGGACUUCUGGCCCCAGCUCACGGACCAUUUCUCAGCUGUGAAGCUGGUGGGGCCGGAGGAGGCCCUGACCCCAGGCGAGGCCAGAGACAUGGCCAUGGACAGUUGUCGGCAGGACCCCAACUGUGAGUUCUACUUCAGCCUGGACGCCGACACCGUCAUCACCAACCGGCAGACCCUACACAUCCUCAUUGAGGAGAACAGGAAGGUGAUAGCUCCCAUGCUGUCCCGCCACGGGAAGCUGUGGUCCAACUUCUGGGGUGCGCUGAGUCCCGACGAGUACUACGCGCGCUCUGAGGACUACGUGGAGCUGGUACAGCGGAAACGAGUGGGCGUGUGGAACGUCCCCUACAUAUCCCAGGCAUACUUGAUCCGUGGGGAGACCCUGAGGACAGAGGUGCCCCAGAGGAAGGUAUUCUCCAGCAGUGACACUGACCCAGACAUGGCCUUCUGUAAGAGCCUCCGGGACAAGGGCAUUUUCCUCCACCUCAGCAAUCAGCAUGAAUUUGGCCGGCUCCUGGCCACUUCCCGGUAUGACACAGACCACCUGCACCCUGACCUCUGGCAGAUCUUUGAUAACCCCUUGGACUGGAAGGAACAGUACAUUCAUGAGAACUACAGCCGGGCCCUCGAAGGGGAAGGAAUGGUGGAACAGCCGUGCCCAGACGUGUACUGGUUCCCACUGCUGUCCGACCAGAUGUGUGACGAGCUGGUGGAAGAAAUGGAGCACUAUGGCCAGUGGUCGGGAGGCCGGCAUGAGGAUUCCAGGCUGGCUGGCGGCUAUGAGAACGUGCCCACGGUGGACAUCCACAUGAAACAGGUGGGCUAUGAGGAUCAGUGGCUGCAGCUGCUGAGGACGUACGUGGGGCCCAUGACGGAGACCCUGUUCCCUGGCUACCACACCAAGACCCGGGCCGUGAUGAACUUUGUGGUCCGUUACCGGCCAGAUGAGCAGCCCUCUCUGCGGCCGCACCACGACUCCUCCACCUUCACCCUCAAUGUUGCCCUCAACCACAAGGGCCUGGAUUACGAGGGAGGUGGCUGCCGCUUCCUGCGCUAUGACUGUGUGAUCUCGUCCCCGCGGAAGGGCUGGGGGCUGCUGCACCCUGGCCGUCUCACCCACUACCACGAGGGGCUGCCCACUACUCGGGGCACUCGCUACAUCAUGGUGUCCUUUGUCGACCCCUGACCUUCAACCACUCUGCCAAACCUUCCCCACCGCAGUGCCUUCUUGGGCGGCCUGGGUGAGGCCCCCAGCCUUGAAGAGGAGGGGCCUGUCUGUCUCCUCGCUUCCUGUGUGUAUGUUCGGUAUGCCUGGAACUGAAUGUGUCGCCUUGUCCCCCUGCACAUGGCCCUCUCAGGAAGCUCCUGGAGCCCCUGCCCCCUCCCCGCAGCUCCCAGGGGUUCCUGGGGAGAGGGCUUCUGGGGGUUUCCAGUGUGAUAAAUUAUUAAGGUUUCUCGACCUCCCUCCUCCCCCAAUAAAGGAGGAUUUGUACCUCU